AUGGCGACGAAGCGUCCUCGCUUGGACGCAGAAGACGACCCAGGACCAAACUCGCAAGUGAGAAAAAUCGAAGACAUCUCAUUGGAGCUCUCACACCUGACCACAGAGACAAAGCGACGACGCCAAGAUGUGGCUGCACGACGCGCAGCAAACGCUGACAAAGACGUAAGUGUUGUCAAGAUUUCGCUCAAGUCGUUCUGCACCGAGCAAUCCAAGAUGUUGCCGUGGGAGGAGGUGCUAAAAGACAUGAACAAGAUGGUCUUAGAGGCGUAUGUGCUUGCGAACACGCACAUCGUCCGACUUUCUGUGCGCAACAUGCCGACAAAGAAGACUGCCUCGCUCGAACAACUUGAAGCUUAUGUGAAGUUCAUGACUCCUCGUAUGGACUUACUGCUGGACUUUCGCAUGCACAAGCCUUUUCGCAAGCUGAGAUUCCGCCGCUACAUUCUCGCGAAGAAGAAACUGCGUCAGCUUUGUCAGAGGUUGACUGCUCAAGCGGGAAGGAGAACGGUUGUUGGCUUCGGUGACUGGAGCAACACCGACGUGAGCGGGCUAAUCAAAAAGUGUCCGGCGGGUCCAGUUAACUCAUUCCGACGAGAGCUGAAGAAGCACUGUCGCGUGGAAACGAUUGACGAGUUUCGAACAAGCAAGCUUCACUCGGUGUGUCAUUGCAAAAUGAAGAAUCAGUACAGCAAGCGUCUAUGCAAGAAGGAUGGCGUCGAGCGUACAUUGAAGGUCCACAGUGUACUCCAUUGCACCAACAAUGGCUGUCACGGUAUGACUGUGAAUCGAGACGAGAACGCUUUGAAGAACAUGCUGAUGCUUCUGAUCGAGUGCAAGCUAUGUGGUCAACCAAGACCACUCGCGUUUUCAAGACCAAGAACGUGA